AGAGUGAACUGCACUAGACGUUGGGGUAUUGUAUUUGAACCGUUUGUCAUUUGGUCAAUAUUAUGCGCUCUUCAGCUGUAAUGCUGAAACUGCUUGCUGUGCAAAUGCUGAUUUCGUUUGUGCCCGAAUGUGUGACAACAAUAACAACAUCAACACCGGGGACACUUGAUAGUACACAAUAUACUACUGAUGAUGUAGGGAUCCAAGAUACCGGCGGUAGUGUUAAUGCGUCCAUGGCAGCAUACACAGGCAGAGAAGGACCUUCUGAAGCUUCAUCAUCUACAUCGUCCUCUCUUACCGUAACCUAUAAUACUGCAGAUCCAGCAGAUGAGCUCAAAUUGAAACCAGGGGACUGCACAGGACUCAUAUUAGAAGGAACUUUGAGAGUGAACUUUGAAAUAGAUACUGAUGGCCUAUUGAAAAAAGAUGAGGGAGACCAACAGCUAGUCACUUGUAAGAUGAAACCAAUGAAGAAUCAUACAGAGUGCAAUGAUGCACUGAGGGAACUGAUCAACAGCACAAAGAUAUUUAAGCAUGAGGCAAUCCCAGACACAGGUGGAGUUUGGGAAGACCAUGAAAUCCUUGAUAAUGCGACAAAAAAUGUUACUGUACAGGAAGAUGGAAGUGACAGUCUGUUCAGUGUACAAUUUACCUUUACAGUCCUGCACAAGCACCACGAUAAUCGAAAGAUAUACUGCAGAGCUUCCAAUGAGAACCUCACUGUGAUUUCACCUAAGAUUAAGUUCACAACAGAUAUCAAUAAAUUGUAUAAAGUUAGUAUGAGUCCACACCAUGUGGAGGUGUCACCAAAAACAGCCUUUACAUUGACUUGCACAUUCCAUGAUGAAGAUGUUGCACAAUGGAUUGUUUGGAAAAGCAAAAGGAGCGGUGCAGACUAUCCCCAUUAUAAUACUGUGGAAAGGCAUGGUUACAGUAAUAUUCAAAAAAUUGGCAAGUCGUCAAUACUUACUGUAACCAAACCUGGAGAAUGGAAUGGGACUUAUUUGUGUACUACUAACCUAAAUACUCACCCAAGAAAUCACGUCGCUAAAGUCACAGUCCUAGUGAAAAAUCCUGAUAAGACUGUUGUACAUGGAACUACAAUAGCAGUUACUGUUUCUUUAUUUCUUGUAGUGGUGAUAGUGGUUGCAUUACUGAUAAGAAGGCGUGCUCUCAAAAAGAAGAUAGAAAUUUCCUUAAUGCUGAUGGAUCUCCAAGAAGCCGGGGCUCAAUCUGCCGCUGCUAGAGUAGGCAGUAUGCAUAGUCUAAACAUGGAUCCAGCAGUUAAUUGCUAUGCUAGCUCUCUCAAUCCAGAUGGUAGCUUAGCAGCUGAAACGCUUGCUGCAACUUUUGCCAGGUUCACGACUAUGUAUUCUGCUUGGCAGAAAGACAGGUCACAGUUGGUAAUUAAGGAAAUUUUGGGAGAAGGGAACUUUGGAAGUGUAUGCCUAGGAAUUAUGCCUGAUGUCUACUUCCAGGGAAUCUCGAGCCAAGUUGCUGUUAAGACAAUUAAGCCUGCAAGAAUGGACAAAAAUGCUAUUACAGAGUUCGAAAAGGAAGUGUCUAUAAUGUCAACAUUGCAACACGAAAGUAUAGUCAGUUUAGUUGGACUAUGCACAGAAACAAUGCCACUUUACAUAAUAAUGGAAUACAUGGAAAAUGGUCCACUGAAUGAUUUCUUGAUGGGGAAAGCACCCAACAAGCUCGAAGAAACCACUCUAUCGAUAAGAGAUCUGAUCUUUAUGAGCUUGCAACCAUGCAAAGCUCUAGAGUAUCUCUCAGAGAAAAACGUUGUUCAUAGAGACAUAAGUGCACGAAACUGUCUAGUGGGAGAUAAACUCAAAGUAAAGCUUGCUGAUUUUGGCCUUUCAAGAGGGACUGCUGUAGAUGAUGGGAAGAAUUAUUAUAAGAAGGAUGGUGGUAUGGUUCCAGUUAAGUGGAUGGCACCAGAGGCUCUUAACUUUGGCAAAUACACAUCAGCAAACGAUGUUUGGUCCUUUGGUGUCUUAAUGUGGGAAGUUUUCUCCUUUGGUGCAAUACCUUAUUUGGCUCAUUCAAAUCCACAAGUCAUAGUUUUUGUAAAUAGAGGGGGAAGACUUGAAAAGCCUGACUUCUGUCCACAGAGUAUGUGGGAGCACAUUUGUUUGUGUUGGACUAAAGACCCCGGGGACAGAAUAACUAUCGGCGGCCUAGUUAACAUGCUGUCUACAGAACUCGAUAUUAUUGAUACGUCAGGCGACAAUGGACAUUCCUCACAGCAGUGAGCACUUAGAAACCGGUUGAAAAUCAAACGACUGAUAUAGUGAUUAAGGACAUCGAGAACGAUGGACAUCGAUGGAACACAAUAACUUUGAAGACAACAGAGAGUUUUAUCCAAGAGAGCCUCAUACAUGCAUUUGAAAUUGACGUUUAUUAGUUAAGACUUAAUCAGGAUCCGUGGAGAAAAUGUCGAAGUGAAAUAACUAGCGUAAGCGGUACUGCAUGAUCAUCACUUAACUUUGAUAUUAGUGAUUAGCUUGAAAAGAAAUAUUGAUAAGAUUUUGGUCAUUAAGAUCAAAUAAAUAUGAACUGUUAAUAGUACAUAUCAUUUUUAAUUGCGUGGAAUGUGUAUCAUUUAACUUACCAUUUUUAUUAUUUCUUA